UAGGCAAGUUUUAUUUGAUACUUCAAUUGGUAAAGUUAUCGCGCACCUUUAACUGACUCGAAAAUUUUACAAUUUUUUAACCCUGUGCCCACCAACAACGUCAAGCGCUUGGUCCUUUUUUUGUCGUUGUCAUCAUUUGUUGUUGUUUUCUUGUUUACUGUGUGUGGUUCUUUGUGUGGGCUGGAGUUACCUGAAAAGUUAAUCCAACCUGCCUAUAUAUACAGCGUAGAGGCAGAGCGGUACCUACCUACCUACCUACCAACUUACAUAUCUGUCUAUAAAAUAAAAACGUACAAAGAAGGCGACAUACAUAUAGGAUAGCUCUCAAAUAUAUACAAACAGCAGCAUCCAGGAUGAAAUAUUUUUUAGUGCUUUUUGUCAUUGGUGUCCUUUGUGGGGCGAAUGUCCUUUGCCAAAAAGUUGAACCACGACGAGAUGAAACGUAUCCUCCACCGGAAUUAUUAGAACUUCUACGUCCUGUACACGAUGUUUGCGUUCAAAAAACUGGAGUUACCGAAGAGGCAAUCAAAGAAUUUAGUGACGGAGAUGUCCAUGAGGAUGAAGCCCUUAAAUGCUACAUGUACUGUGUAUUUGACCAAACGAAUGUCCUGCAUGCUGACGGUGAAGUUCAUUUGGAAAAAUUGCACGAUAUGCUGCCAGAUUCUAUGCAUGACAUAGCUUUGCAUAUGGGCAAGAGAUGUCUUUAUCCCAAAGGGGAUACGACGUGUGAGAGAGCAUUUUGGUUGCAUAAAUGCUGGAAGCAAGCUGAUCCCAAGCAUUAUUUCAUCAUCUAAGCUUGGAACACAUCAAUUCAAUGGACAAAAUGGAAAAUGACGGAAUAUGAGUUCUAUGUAAGAGGGGAACUUUUCAAAUUCAAAGGACUAUGCAACCGGAAAUCGUGAACUUUUAUUAUUAUUUUUUUAAUUCAAAUUUUUGUUGAUUUUUAUGAUUUUUGUUUUUCUUUUGUACCUAAUUAGAAUUAUUUAUUGCAGUGAA